AUGCGGGGGGGCCCGGGCGAAGCGGAGCGGCGGCAGCGCUGGGGUCGCCUCUUCGAGGAGCUGGACCGCAACAAGGACGGCCGCGUGGACGUGCAGGAGUUGCGCCAGGGGCUGGCCCGGCUGGGCGGGGGCGACCCGGACCGCGGCGCCCAACAGGGCCUCUCCCCAGAGGGUGGUGCUGACCCAGAUGGCGGGCUGGACCUUGAAGAGUUUACCCAAUACCUGCAGGAGCGGGAACAGCGCCUGCUGCUGCUUUUCCACAGUCUGGAUCGGAAUCAGGAUGGUCACAUCGAUGUCUCUGAGAUCCAGCAGAGUUUCCGAGCUCUGGGCAUUUCUAUCUCUCUGGAGCAGGCACAGAAAAUUCUGCACAGCAUGGACCGUGAUGGCACUAUGACUAUCGACUGGCAGGAAUGGCGUGACCACUUCCUGUUGCAUUCAUUGGAGAAUAUGGAAGACGUGCUCUACUUCUGGAAACAUUCCACGGUCCUGGACAUCGGCGAGUGCCUGACUAUCCCUGAUGAGUUUUCAGAGCAGGAAAAGCUGACCGGCAUGUGGUGGAAGCAGCUGGUAGCCGGUGCAGUGGCAGGCGCCGUGUCACGGACAGGCACAGCCCCUCUGGACCGCCUCAAGGUCUUCAUGCAGGUCCAUUCCUCCAAGACCAACCAGCUAAACAUCCUGGGGGGCCUACGGAACAUGGUCCAAGAGGGGGGCGUGCUCUCUCUCUGGCGUGGCAACGGGAUCAAUGUGCUCAAGAUUGCACCUGAGUCAGCUAUCAAGUUCAUGGCCUAUGAGCAGUUCAAGCGGGCCAUUCGGGGACAGCAGGAGACACUGCAUGUGCAGGAGCGCUUUGUGGCUGGAUCCUUGGCUGGUGCCACAGCCCAAACCAUCAUUUACCCCAUGGAGGUACUAAAGACACGGCUGACCCUUCGCCGGACGGGCCAGUACAAGGGGCUCUUCGACUGUGCAUGGCGGAUCAUGGAGCGAGAAGGGCCCCGUGCCUUCUACCACGGCUACCUGCCCAACGUGCUGGGCAUCAUUCCCUACGCGGGCAUCGACCUGGCCGUCUACGAGACCCUGAAGAACCGGUGGCUCCAGCAAUAUAGCCACGACUCGGCUGACCCGGGCAUCCUCGUGCUCCUGGCCUGUGGCACUAUCUCCAGCACUUGUGGCCAGAUAGCCAGUUAUCCCCUGGCCCUGAUCCGGACCCGUAUGCAGGCCCAAGCCUCCAUCGAGGGCGCUCCCCAGUUCUCCAUGCUGGGUCUGCUCCGUCACAUCCUGUCCCAGGAGGGCAUGCCAGGCCUCUACAGGGGCAUCGCCCCCAACUUCAUGAAGGUUAUCCCAGCUGUGAGCAUCUCCUAUGUGGUCUACGAGAACAUGAAGCAGGCUCUGGGGGUCACGUCCAGGUGA